AUGGACAGCAACUCGGUGUCGCCGAUGCCAGAAUUAGCACCCAUUGCGGAGUUCGACAAGUCGCCUCCUUCGCCUCCAAACGAAGAGGUGCCGAUGGACGACCUCCCGCCACCCCCCUCCACCAUCUCACACCCUGAAGCAAACCACAACCACGUCAAGAAGGCCAAGUGGCUAAGCGACUCUCAAACCUGGGGUUGUCUGAUUAAACCUCGGGUGCACCAAUUGUGUUUUGGUUUUAUAGUUCCUAUCAGCCUUACGGGUGAAGGAAAUAUUCAAAUAUAUAGUGCGUCCGUCUUAGAUCCAGAAAUAAAAGACGUCUUCUAG